AUGAAGUUCAACGUCGUCAGCCUCGUUUCCAUUGCAGCCUGGGUGCCGCUCGCAGCAAGUCAGUUCUCCUGCCACUGCCAAAUCUCCAACAACGGCAACGCAGUCAUUGCCGCCAUCAGACUCUGCGAUGCCGUCGGCGGAACUAUCUGCUACAACUCUGCCGGCAACUACAAUGUCUGUAAGACGUCAAGCCAGUGGACCGAGCAGCAGUGCAGGGACACGUUCCAGGGCAUCAACCAGCCGAAUGAGAGAUUCAGGGCCGUUUGCACUGCUUACAACGGUGCUGGGUGCCCGGCUUGA